AUGAAAUUGGAAAAUGCAGAAUAUGGCCUGGAGAAAGCGAUACGAUACGUUGCUCAGAACCACACUACGGCAAGUGGUCGCCUGACUAAAGUGGAUGUUCCUGACCAUGUCCUAUACACUGUAGGCUCUUGUGUUCUGGCCAUUGGUUGUGUUGGAAUUAUAGGAAAUCUCCUUGUCCUCUAUGCAUUUUACAGCAACAAGAGGCUGAGGACACCUGCAAAUUAUUUCAUCAUGAAUUUAGCUGCAAGUGACUUUCUGAUGUCUGCAACUCAAGCUCCAGUCUGCUUUUUCAACAGUAUGCAUAAGGAGUGGGUACUUGGAGACGCAGGUUGUAACUUCUAUGCUUUUUGUGGUGCUCUCUUCGGAAUAACCUCAAUGAUGACCUUGUUAGCUAUUUCGGUGGAUCGCUACUGUGUGAUCACAAAACCUCUCCAGUCCUUAAAAAGAAGUACAAAGAAACGCUCUUAUAUAAUCAUCAUGUUUGUCUGGCUGUACUCACUGGGUUGGAGCGUAUGUCCAUUAUUUGGGUGGAGUUCCUAUAUCCCAGAAGGUUUGAUGAUAUCCUGUACAUGGGACUAUGUAAGCUAUUCUCCAUCAAACAGAAGUUACACCAUGUUGCUAUGUUGGUGUGUGUUCUUCAUUCCUCUUAUGAUAAUCUUCCAUUGCUAUUUAUUCAUGUUCCUCACCAUAAGAAGUACAGGCAGGAAUGUUCAGAAAUUAGGAUCCACCUCUAAACGGAAAAAGUCAAGCUCGCAGAGCAUAAAGAAUGAAUGGAAACUAGCAAAAGUUGCCUUCGUAGCCAUUGUGGUUUAUGUUGUAUCCUGGUCUCCGUAUGCUUGUGUCACCCUGAUUGCAUGGGCUGGUUAUGCCAGGGUCUUAACUCCAUAUUCUAAGUCUGUGCCUGCUGUUAUUGCCAAAGCUUCAGCAAUUCACAAUCCUAUAAUUUAUGCUAUUAUCCACCCAAGUUACAGGAAAACGAUUCGAAGAGCUAUUCCUUGUUUGAGAUUUCUCAUACGAAUAUCUGCAAGUGAAGUUUCCACAAGUUUUGCAACUUCUUCCUUCCGGUCUUCUAUGUCUAGUCGUGUCUCUUUCGUAUCCAAGAACAAAAGCAGCGACAUUUCCGCCAUUUCUGCUACAGAAAAAACUUGGAGUGAUGUAGAGCUUGAUCCUGUGGAGACAGUCCAUACAAAAUUGCAGCCACCUGAAAAUAACUCGUUUUCAACAAAUGCAGAAGAAAAAAGCGAACUGCCCAUCAAUGCACCAAUUGAAGAAAAGUUUUCAGUAUCUCCCAUCUGUCCAGAAGAACCACUCAAAAGAUCCCUUAAACUAAAUGCUCCAGAACUGCUUCUCUUAGCCAGCUCAUUGAGAGCAUCAUCUCUUCCAUUUGACUUGAAUGCUAGCAGUAGAGAGAAAAGCAUGGACACCUCUCAAGCAGAAGUCCAUGAAGACCCAGUAAAUAGCCAGGAUUCCUUGGAAACUCCCAUUCUCCCGCACUCCCAUUCUCUUACCUCAGAAACUACUCUGUCUGAAGAGCAAUCUUUGACUGAAAAUAUAGAGGAAGAAAACACUGGUCUGUACUCUGCUCCAGACAAAAACUACCUGUUACUCAAAGGAAGACUUCAUUCAUCUACUGGACCAGUUGAGAAGCUUGUGUCGUAAGCUUGUUUCUUUGAAUGAUG